GUAUCAAACACGCCGCUUUUCUUAUCUUCCUUCAGAUAGUUCUUCAAUUGUUUAUUUACUCCCUAAUCCAACAUGGAGAAGAGCAGGUUUGUGCUAACAGUACUUCUAUUCUUUGGACAGAAAGCUUCAGGAGAAAGCUGCACAGCCCUCUUAGACACGUGUACCGCGUUUCUGUGGGUUGGCAAAGGAAAUUACAUCAUCAGUCCAUCCAAAUCUGAUAAAAAAUGGUGCAACAAUAAUUCUCUUGUAAACUUUUGCACUUCAUACACAAGCUUCUGGGCCUGUGUAAGAAACACCAUGGCCGACUGUUUCACAGAUGAAGAAGUCAGAGGUCAGGUAGCCCUUUUUCAACAAGUCUACCAAUUCUACUGCACCAGAGAACUGCUCUGCAGAACGAGGAUUAUCUAUUGCUUAUGUGAGACAAGUUUAGACUCCGAUUUCAACAAUGUCACCAAAGUAUGCAAUAAUCAGCAAAAUUUCACACAAUGCAUGGGGGAGAUAGAAGACUGCGAGGACGUGGCAUCACUUCAGCAAGCAAAGCUGGUUUCUACGGUGACGGAUGUAGGUUGCACAGUCGCUACGUUUCGCUCAUCGUGUCCGAAGUCCUCUCAAUGCUUCUCGGGUAUCAAACAACAGCCACAGUCUGCUCUUGAAGCAUCUUUGAGUCCUCGUGUCAAAGAAACUAUUUGCAGGAUUCUCAAGAAAGCACUGGGCUGUAUGGACCAGAUGAAAGACAGUUGCAAUGUCCCAGUCAAUACUAAUGUAGCGUCUUUGAAAACCAGAGCUGCCAAGGCCUGUAGAGGUACUCGUGCACCAGGUGGAAGCUUAUUAUUCGCCAGUGUGCCUAAUUUUUCAGAUUCAUCAAGCAGAAUACCCACAAGUGGGUUACAACAACUGUUCUCUUUGGCUGUCGUGAGUUUUCUGAUGGCAACAUUUGCUGUUGUUAAAGUCUAGUUGCUACUGGAUAUCUACACAAAACACUAUCUGAAAUACCAUGAAUCCUUCUGCCUAUUUGUUUAUUCAGCUGAACAACAAAUCAACAAGAUUCUAGCGGCUGUGCUGGACACAACAGAUUCCAAAAUAUUUAUAAUGGACUGAUUUUUAAUAUUAUAAAUCAUGAGGGCUUUAUCCCCCCUAUUAAUAACAAAACUAUCAAUAUUUACUAGUUUAAAACAAAUACUAGUGACAGAUACAGUGCUGUAAUUAACAAAUAUAGAGAAACAUUAGUGUAUUUUAAGAGUGAUGUCCCUUCGCUACAAGUUACGUGUCGUGAGUUUCGUGCCUUUUAUUCGACAUACACUUCUUCAUCAUUGUUAUGCACUACUUACUGUUUUUGACCUUUUUAUUAUCAUCUACAGUUUACUAUUACUCCAUAACUUACCUUUCUCACCGUAAAGUUUUCUAGUGACUUCAUUGGUCAAAGGUCACGCAGUGGAUGAAGUAUUGUCUGUCUUCUUCCCUUCUUUUUCAGAUAAAAGCUAACAAUCUACGGUUGAUUUUAAUAAACAAGACUGUACUGUAUAUUAAUCAAUCUGCUUUUAUCACUGAUUAAUAUUGUCUUUGUAGAUCGAAACUACGAGCUCUGUAUGUGUAACACUUCAACAUGUACAUCGUUUAACUAUUGCGAUCAGUCAGAUUUUUUUGUACUUCUGCAAGAAAUAAA